GCACCAAGGAAAGGAAAGAUGCUUUUCUUCAGCUUCAGCAAUACUUCAUCCAAGAUCCACACAGCAAACGGUCCCUGUUUGCAAAGCAUAUCCAACCUUGCUUGCCCCCCAUCCCCUACUGACAACCUGUUAUCAACCUUAACAAACCUUCCUUCUCCCGAGGUUUCUCAUUCAAAUAAUCUUUGCUCGGGCUCGUGAUGCACGCCAAUUCAUUCCUCGGGCAAAAGAAGUACAGAACAGACGUCAGCAACGAUGGACGCUUUGAUAAAGCAAAUGGGGUUGAGAUAUGGUGCAGGGGAGGAAAACAAAGAACAGCCUAGCGUCAACAGGGAGCGAAGCAUUCCCCUCCAAAAAACUUUAUCCUUCAAAGGAGAGAAAAAGAAGAACCAAAGCUGGCUCCGCAAAUCUUUUUCUCGCCAAAGGGGUCAGGAUGAUGACAGCAAGGAAAUUGAAUAUGCAACUGCAGUUGCAGCUGCUGCAUUUGCCAUUAACUCACUUGAAGAAUCUGGCAUUCCAAUUCAGAAAAAGACGAGUGAAGUUCCUGAAACCUCAAAGGCCAAGGUGAAGAGCAAGAAAGAAGAUACAGCAAUUGCAAUCCCAGAACCAGGGAAAGUAUCCAGGCGAUUCUCAGGUGAAACUUCAAUGAGAAGCUCAGAAGGUCCAGAUAUGAUUGUGCCCAUCAGUGAUGCAGCACUGGAAAAGAUGCCUGGGAAGACUGUUGGUCCUGCUCCAUCCAUCAGAAAAACUCCGACUGUUGAUAAUCAACUGAAGAACACCAGCAGCCAAAAUCAGGAAACAGCAGCACCAAAACCUGAAGCACCGUCUGCCUUACAACAACCAGCAUUCCAAUCAACUGGAGCCAAAAGGCAGAGUUCAACCAGAAUAGGUGGAACAAAAGCAGAUGCAUGGGAGAAGGCUGAGAUGGAUAAGAUCAAACAUUGGUAUGAGAAGCUGAGCAAGACAAUUACUUCUUGGGAGGAAAACAAGAAGAAAAAGGCCAGGCGCCGAAAAGAUAAGAUAGAGGGUGAAUUGGAGAGGAGAAGGGUAAAAGCCACACAGCGUUACAACAGGGACAUGAAAAGCAUUGAUCAGAUUGCAAGGGCAGCAGAAUUGAAAGCAAAGGAAAGACGAAGACUUGAAGAGUCCAAGGUUAAAGAAAAAACAGACAAAAUCAGAGAAACAGGAAAAGAUCCCACCACAUGCUCAUGCUUCUGACUGAAAAAACUAAGCCUUUGUGAAGUAUCAGGGUAAAAACAGUAACCUGUAAAAUAACACACAUGUAUAUAUUUUUCUGACAAUGCCACAGCAAACUGAAAAAAGUUCUUAUCA